AUGACCAAUAGUGAAAGACAAAGGGAUGAAGAAGUUCCAAAAUGGCUGACGAAAGAUUUUAUAGAAAAUUCAUUAAGGAAAAUAUAUAAUUCCGAAACGUUUAAAAUAAAAAGUUUUUUCACAACGAUGGCGACCGCAGUCGGAGAUCAUUAUUGCAGUCAAAUGUUUCGUGUUAAUUACGAAUAUACCAUUCGUGAUAACAACACUGAUAAAAAAUCUUCCGUGAUUGUAAAAACGAUGCCGCCGGGGGAUUUAGGAAAAUUUUUAAGUAAAAUGCCAUCGUUCGAUGUCGAAUCGGAAGCAUUGGGAAUCAUUCUUCCACGAGUACACGAAAUGAUGGCGAAAGUUUAUCCGAAACAACCGAAAUUAUGGCCUGAUUGUUAUUAUUAUCGUGGAUCUCCGGAAAAUAUUAUCGUGAUGGAAGAUUUAAAAUUAUCCGGUUUCGUUUUAGGAAAUAGAUUUCAGGGUUUGGACUACGAACAUUCCUCGCUUGUGAUUGAAUCCCUGGCUAAAUUACACGCUACGUCGUUUGUUUUACUUCAAGAAAAACCGGAAACGUUUGAAAAUUUAAUUAAAAUUUUCUCAAAAGUUGAUAAUGUCGAAAUACUCCAAAAUACAACCGAAGGUACUAUUAAUUUUCUAAUAGAAGAUAUGAAAAGUUGGAACGAUUUUGAUAAGAAAUCUAUUUACAUUGAUAAACUAUCAAAAGUUGAGGUUUUAAAACGGGUUUUGGAUGUGUGGAAAAACAACGACGGAAAUUUAAAAGUUCUCAUACAUGGGGAUUCCUGGUUAAACAAUUACAUGUUUAAAUACGGCACUGAUGGUAAACUCUCCGGUAUGAAAUUCGUGGAUUUUCAAAUAACAUCCGUUCAUUCUCCAGCCAUGGAUUUGGUUUGUUUUAUAUUUUCGAGUGUUUUACACGAUAAUAAAUUGGAAAUGAUCGACGUACUCCUGGAAAAAUAUUACAAAAUAUUUUCUGGUACUUUAAAAAAAUUCGGCAGGAAUCCGGAAAUGAUUUAUCCGUUCGAAGAAUUAAAAAGAAAUUUCCAAAGUAAAUUAUUUUGGGGAUUUAUUGUUUUUUGCGUUUUCGUACCUUUGAUGAUGAUGCCAAAAAAAGAUGUCGUACAUCCGGAAAAUUUCAUAAUGAAAACUCAAAACGAAUUUAGAAAAAAAGCAUUCGGAAGUGAUAAAAUUCGCAAGUUACUCAUUCGAAUGAUGGGAUAUUUCAUUGAUAAGAACGUUAUUUGA